AUGGCAGCUCUUGUGGCCCAGUUCCCCACUCUCCCCACACUUGACCAGGCUUUGAACAAUCUGGACUUCCAAGCGAGCCGCACGCUGAACCUAGCGGCUCUAUUCGCUCACCAAAAUGCCGAAAAAGCCUUCGGCAUCCACCUCAUCCAUGGCCACUUCCAGAUCCCCGAGGGAUCAGUGAUGGUGGGAACAAACUUCGAGGACCCGGCCAUGCGUUGGGCGAAGAUCACGGACAUCGCCACACUCGACGCGUCGUCGCUACACGGCCAUAUCUUCGUCCUCACGGAGAGCGGCUACCGCGCAGGAGUCGAGCAUGACGGUGCCGUUAUCGAGGAUCAACUCAAUAACUUGGCGACAACAGCCUUGUUGAUCCUCGAUAACGGUACCAUCAUGCUCGACUCUAUCGUCAAGAACACCACCGUAAGUUGCAUUACGGGUUGGACCUUCCAGGCUAGCCAUAAAGGCCUGCGCGCCUGCAAUGGCGGCGAAUCGCAUUCGGCUACGGUCAACGGGAACAACAAGGUCUUUACCGGUACCAAGCCUUUCCCCAAGCUGAAGAACGUGGACGACCUCAAGGCUGGUGUCAUUUAA